AUGAAGAAACUUUACCGUCGAGUUGCUACACUUUCCCCGGAGGACAAACAAGUGUUGGCCUACCUCAUCUCUUGCUCCAACAACGAUUUCGGCAACUUUUCAAGCCGCCGUAAGAACAACACCCCAAAAACACAAGCUAAAAGAACAUCCGGCAGCGACAGCGACCAUCCGCCUCUUUUCACCUACGAUUGUUUCAGGUGCUAUACGAGUUACUGGGUCAGAUGGGACUCGUCGCCUAACCGGCAGCAGAUACACCAUAUUAUCGAUGCUUUUGAAGAUGAGGUCUCCCGAAGCAAUAAUACGAAAAGCAAGAAGGAAAGGAAGAAGAGAGGUGGUUCUGCUGAUAACAGUUCUCGUAGUUUGAAGAAACCAGAGGAAGAUUCGAGUGAGUUGAAAACGAUUGAACCGAGCGGCGGCAAAGGCAACGGAGAUGGUGGUGAAGGGUCGGUGAGGAGGCUGUUGAACUUCAUCGGAGAGAGGAUUUGGAAUGUUUGGGGGCAAUGA